GUAAGUUUUAUAAGUUUUACUCAAUUCCAUUUUUUCAAAUUGGAUUUUUAUUUUUAUUAUUUAGAUAGAUGUCCAGAGAAUUAUGAAGGCGAUCACUGCCAAUGGCCAAUAUGCGGCAUUCAUGGAAGAGUGAAUGUAAUUACGCGUACGUGCGAAUGUUAUUCAAAUUUUGCACCGCCAUUUUGUCAGGAUUGCCUACCACGAUUUUGGGGUGAAAAAUGCAGUCAUUCGUUGCUUUUAUCAACCGAUGCUCGAGAUUUGGAUUUUUUUCCUUUUUGCCGCAUUAUUUUCGUAAGUUUUUCAUUAUUCUUGAUAUAUAUUUCCAAAAAACCAUUUUUAUAUAAAGUAUAA